AUGGACAAGAAAUUUGAUGGUUUAAUUGAUAAUGCGAUAGAAAAAUUUACUAUGAUUGGUGGUGAAAUUCAAGGUAUUCUUGUUUGUGAUAAAAAUGGAUUGCCAUUAGCAAAUAAAGAUGUUUCAAUAUCUCCUGGACCAAUAGCAUUAUUAGCUCAAUUUGCAGAAUCAUUAUCAGGUCGAAGAACGACUAUUUGUCUUGAACAUAAUGAAGCUCAGGUGCUUAUCCAACCAACGGACAAAACCGUUGUUGCUGUAUAUACGAAACAGGCAACAUAA